CUUCGAUUCAGAAGAUUGGUUCAUAAUAUUGAGCUUUGAUCAACGUAAUCAACAACCACUAGAUCUAAUCGAAGCUUUGGAUCGAAGGUAGAAUUAAAUAGAAUGACUGUGUGUGCCUGUGUUGUGUUAACAUACAUUUUGAUAGCCUGCAACUCUCUUUCAGGAGCCGAGGAUGUAGCUUUGAACAUCGCGCCGUAUGGGAAUUUGUUUCAUAUCCUGUUCCCGAACUUCACCAUCAACGUAAUGGAAUCGUCCGUGUCAUUUUUCGUCGUCUCUUCAGAGAAAGGAGUCAACACAGUUGAAAUCUAUUAUUUGGAACGUUUGUUGAACUCAGUCAAUUUUCAAACGGACUCCUGUUGUGGGGAAAAUGCUUUGAUUGCCGUGGGAGAUUUCCAAGGCACGAGCGAGCCGUCCUCUCAGUUGAACUCACCCUUCGUGGUGAAAAGCACUCGCAACAUCUUCCUGACGGUCCACAUCUCUGCUGACCGUAACAACACAGCGUCCUUCCAGGCCUUGCCCUGCUCCUCGUGGGGCACACGUUAUGUCGUCGUGACAUUAAAUUCCAACCCUUCAGUUCAAAUCUUGACAGUUGAAACACAAACAGUUUGGGUAGAUUUAAGAUGUUCCUUGCCAUGCGAUAGGUUCUUGAAACAACUGGCAGCUUUUUCCAACGGAAGCAACCUUCUGCCGAGUGGCACUGUCCUGAGUAUCUCAUUCUGUUUUCAGAAUUACGAAGGAAACUUAACUGGAACCAAAAUUACGGGAGAGAAACCAUUAGGCGUUAUAGCAGGGAACUGUCUGGGGAAAACCCUGGUUGAAAAAUGUGAUGAGCCUGGAACAUUGGCCAAUGAACUGUCUGAUGGUGACAUGGCAGCAGAAAUGCUAUUGCCGAUGGUCAGUUUCGGCAAAGAAUUUAUUAUCUUCGUCGUUCUGGACGAGCAGCUGGUCAUCACGUCUGCUGAGAAUUUCAUCAGGGCCCCGACAGAAAGGACAGAAAUCUCCAUCACAAUGCACUCAAUUACAGAUACAGUCAUGAUAGCCAAACGCGGAGGCACGCACUCUUAUGUAAUUCGAAGAGGCGACAAGCCACGCAGGAUCGUCAGCAAUUAUCCAAUCCAAGUCAUGUACAUCCUUCGAUCACCUUGUGUCCCUGGUCUGAGUAAAGUGCUUGAUCUCGGCGAUGUCUCCAUCUGCUCUGUCCUCCCGACCACCUUGUUCUUUAGGUUCUACUUUUGGAGAUCAACAGAGUCAGAAGUGGGCAUGUCUGUCAUUGUCAUCAGAAAGUUUAAGCAGACUAUUAAGCUGCAUAAUUUAGAAAACUUGGACUUGUAUGCAUCUUCAUGGUCCGAAGCUGGAGGGGACUGGGAAGUCGGCACUAUGAACCUGGCCAACAAAUUUAGUAUUUUCUCCGGUGAUAGCUUUGGUUGCUAUGUCGUUGGGUUUGAAUCCAAUGCAGGCUCAAUAUAUGCUCCUGGCUUUGCAAUGACCUAUGAGUGCUCAAAGACUGAACUCUUUGUUUCUGACGGAGUGGAUAACGACUGUGACGGAGAGAUUGACGAGGAGUCACAGAAUCACAAAGAUGAUGAUCACGAUAACUUGGUAGAUGAGGACCCUGUGAAAAUAACUAUCAGCAUAUGGAGUCAGUGGAAAGAAUGGCUGUGUUAUAAUCUCACACACCUUACAAGAUCACGCUCUUGCAUUGAUCUUAACACUGAUGGUGAAGUCGUGUGUCUGGGAUUGCAUACAGAAUCAACUGUCACCGACCGAUGUGGACAGAGCACCACCUUUAAACCUGUUUUUGGUGUUUGGAGUGCAUGGGGCGCCUGGGAUUGCAAUAAGCAUUGCUCUGGCGCCGGACUUGUUAAACGAAUAAGAGCCUGUAAGAGAGACGACACUGCCUAUGGACAGCAUUGUGCUGGAGAAAAGACUCAGAGUAAACAAUGUUCCACUUGUACCAUUGACGCACGGCCGUGUUCCAUGUACCGAUGGGGUGUCAUGUGUGAGAAAGACUGUUAUAACUGCCAGCAGAACUGUUCCAGACUUGAAGGUGCCUGUGAAAGCUGCAAUGCAGGAUUUAAAAACCCGCAAAAAGGUUGCACAGAAGUUUGUGGCUUCGACGAAUAUGGAGAGAAUUGUCAAUUUAGCUGUUUUGCAAAAUGCAGGAGCGAUUGUGGGGAGCGGGUGUUCGGAACUUGUUUAGCAUCGUACAGAAUGUUAUAUUUCUUCUUUGUAAUUAUCAUCAUACCUGCACUAGCUCUAUUAUUAUGUUUUUGGAGCAAGCGUCGAAAAGCGCAAGCAAAAGUAGGCAAGACUUUCUCGCAUUCGUCCAGUCCAGACACCACUACGACACGCGAAACAACAGCAGCAACCCACAUGACUUCAAGCAAUGUGAACACAGAGGACUUAACAGACUCAGCUAAUACGAGCUCAAUACUUGGGCAUCAGACAACAGAGACGAGCUAACGAAGUCAGGAUCAGAUGACAUGAGUUAAAUGACGUCAGCGGCAGAUAUCAGAUCACAUGAGAUAAUGAGCAUCAGAGACAAAUGGCUUGAGCAAAUGACGUCAGAUCAAAUGAGAUGAUGACGUCAACAGCAGACGGACAGCUGAAUAUGUAGACCGUUCUUUGCCAUGCGUAAAAUUAUAGAAUAGUCGAUUUUAUGUAAAACUUUGUAACCUGGAAAUAAUGUUACAAAAAAAAAAUGUUUCGUUAUUAUUUGUAUAAUUCGAACGGUGGCUGCCCCAUUCUUUCCCGGUACAUUAAAGAAGAAUGUGGGGUAGUUUGUGUGGAAAUGUUUGAGAGAAUGUGAUAUAGCUGGGAAAAAGAAAGAAAGAGAAGUGAUUAAGAGAAUGGUG